AUGUGAGACAGGGCGACAAGCAGGAGAUUAUGAUGGUUUUUUAGUUAAAGUGUUUCAGGUGAAACGAGGAGGGAUCAAAUGUGGGGUCAUAAGUUUGACUAUUAUCUAUCCAUGUCAGCAUCCACGUCGGCAAUAGUGAAAAUGAGUGUGGUGAAUGUAGAGGAUUGCAACCCACCCACUACUACGGAGACUACAAAGAAGAAGCAGAGUAAACCCAAGAAGAAGAAGACUUUUGACUUUGCUAAUGUGUUAUUCGCCCAUGGCUUUACCAAUCAUUUGUCUCCACAGAUUUCUCCAUCCCCUAGUCCACAGCCAGCUGUUGUAAUAACUGAUGAAAGGUGUCUGAAUUCCUCCGCAACAAUUUGUCAUGAUCUCCAUACAUUGACUGCUUGCUUUAAUGGUCCAUCUUCUGGUUCGGUGGAUUCAUUUCUUCUUGUCCAGAAUGAUGGAGAGGACUUUCUUCGAGUAAAUAUUACAAUCUUGGACAUCGACACCACUAUUCCAGAGAUACAAGUAUCCAAACACCAAGGCAAAAAGAUCAAAAUCGUGGCAAAUGUUGAAGGAAGUCCAUCUAUCAUACUAAAUGCUGGAUAUGGGAAAUGCGUAAUCCCAAUUGGAUCAGCGGGGCGAUAUAGCCAAUAUUAUAAGCAAUAUGUGUCUCAUUUAUCUCCAAAAUAUGGUGCCUAUUUCUUGUUUUUCACAUUUCUGAUUGCUGGAGGGGCAUGGGCCUGCUGUAAGAUUGGCAAAAAAGACGCAAUCGAAUAUCAGGAGCUUGAAAUGGCGAAAACUGAAGUAGUCUCUGGCUCCGCUAAUGAUGAAGAAAUGGGAGAAGGAUGGAAUGGAGAUUGGGAUGAUGAGUGGGGGGAAGAAGAAGAUGAGGCAAAAUCGCCAAACGGACACCCGACAGAAAAUGUUACAUCCAACUCUAAAACUUCUGAUAAGAAUGGAUGGGGAAAUGAGUGGGAUGAUUAGAGGAAGACUGGAUUUUUUAAUAGAAUUCCUUUGCAUUCCUUAUAAAAAUAGAAAAGAAACGAACCACAAACACAAAAAAGAUUAGAGAAAAUGAGGCAGAAUGAUAAGAUGUAUAAUUGAGUGUUCAAAACAGUUUGUUAUCCUUUUUGAAAUUUUAAGAAAUCUAUUUAGCACGAA